GAGUUAAAGAGCGUGUGAAAUUGAGCUUGGUACACGGAAACAACUCAAGCUCACAGCUCCCCGAGUUCCAAAAAUAAAAACAUAUCAAGUAAUGGGGGAUUAAGUCAAUAAUUGUAGUGAUUAUCAUAUCACCAUCUGAUUGUGCUAUUGAAUAAUGGGUAGUCACUAAGUCUUUAAUUAAGAGUCAAAAGACCCGAAAUCCAGAUUAAGUAAUUAAUUUAACUAUGAAACAAGGCUCAAAGCCCCGGCCGGAGAGAAGUUGGGUUGAAAUCUGCUGUUUUGGUUGCUCCUGCCUACAGCUUUUUUGGCCUCGAGUUGUCAUGCGUAAGUUGCUCAAUAUCAAUCCCAGAGAUUCCGAUUACAGUGCCGACACCGAUGAUGGAGAUGACAUUGGUUCGGAUUCUGAAACCGAAGAAUUUUUUGAUUGUGGCAAUGGCAUUGGCUCAAGGUUUAGAGGGAUUAGAGAGGAGGAUCCUCAGCCUGAUCUAAAUGAUUGUCUUCCAAGAUUAAGGAGACGGAAUUCAGAGACUUUUAGGGCACAAUACAUAAGCACAAAGGAAUUAAGAAUAUGCGUCGGUACCUGGAAUGUUGGUGGAACGGUUCCACCUGAUGACCUAGAUAUUGAUGAUUGGAUAGAUAUCGAUGAACCUGCUGACAUCUAUGUGUUUGGUUUUCAGGAGAUAGUACCCUUAAAUGCUGGGAAUAUUUUUGGUGCUGAAGAUAAUCGUCCUGUUCCAAAGUGGGAAAACAUCAUUCGUGAAACCCUUGAUAGAAUUCAGCCUGCAAAUACUAAAGUAAAAUGCUAUAGUGAUCCCUCAUCUCCAACGAAAUUUAAGCCAUUUGAUGAUGUUCCUAAUUUAGAGGAGGAGAUAAUUCUUGAAAGUGAAAGUGAUAUUGGUGAAGAAAUUUAUCCAUUGGAUGAAGACCCAAAUGGUUUUGAUGAAGUUGAUAAUUCAUCCGGAAAAAACAGUGUGCUCAGAAGUUAUGGAGUUUCAUACUUUAAUGAUGUUGUUGAACUUGAUGCGCCUCUAGAACAGGGUUUACAGAGGCAAAUUUCUUCAUCUAAGAGUUUAGAUGGAUUGAAUUGCUUGCAGAUGGAGGACUUUUAUGAAGAUGCAGGGGACUCAAUUAGGCUACAAAAUAGAAAAUUUACCAGAACGCUUAGUGGAAUUGCAGAAAACAGAAAAUUAACCAGAAUGCUUAGUGGAACUGAGAGGAUUGGUUUGAGCUGGCCAGAGCCUCCACUAAACUUUCUUCCUCAGAAUGUUUUGGAGAGACCAGGUUCUUUCAAACCAAGAAAAUCUUUUAGAGCAAUAAAGUCUUUUAAAACAUAUAAUUCCUUCAAGUCUAUAAAUGAUAUGUGCCAUAUGGUAUCUGCGAUAGCUUUGCUUGCUGAACUUGACCUUGAAUCCCUCAUGAAGAGGAAAAGAAGAUCAUCAUAUGUAAGAAUAGUAAGCAAGCAGAUGGUAGGAAUUUUCCUCACUAUAUGGGUUCGUAGGAGUUUGCGCAGGCAUAUUCAGAAUCUGAAGGUGUCUACUGUUGGUGUUGGUGUAAUGGGUUACAUUGGUAACAAGGGAUCCAUAUCGGUCAGCAUGUCCAUAUAUCAAACACUUUUCUGUUUUAUAUGCACUCACCUGACAUCAGGUGAAAAAGAUGGGGAUGAACUUAAAAGAAAUGCUGAUGUGCAUGAAAUACUUCGACGAACUCGUUUUCAUUCUCUUUCUGCAAUUGGACUUCCCAAACGCAUCCAUGAUCACGAAAGAAUAAUUUGGAUGGGUGAUCUAAAUUACCGUAUCAACCUGCCAUAUGACAAAGUACGUGAUCUCAUCUCCAAGGAGGAGUGGUCCAAGUUGAUUGAGAGGGACCAGCUUGUAGGAGAGCUGCAGAAAGGUCGUUCAUUUGAUGGAUGGUCUGAGGGAGCUUUAAAUUUUGCGCCAACAUACAAAUAUGAGCUAAAUUCAGAGAAAUACUAUGGAGAAGAUCCCAAGGCUGGAAGGCGAACUCCUGCAUGGUGUGACCGCAUCCUUUCUUAUGGGAAGGGACUGAGGCAACUAAUGUAUAGGAGAACUGAGCUUAAACUUUCUGAUCAUCGCCCUGUUACAGCCAUAUAUAUGGCUGAGGUUGAGGUGUUUUGUCCAAAGAAACUGCAACGUGCUCUCAACUAUACUGAUGCUGAAAUUGAAAAUGAAGAAGUUGUGGCAGAGGUUAUUGCAUAUUGAUUUUGGAAUGACUCCCUCGAGUUGUACCAGGAUAGUUUGCUGGCAGAGCAUCAAGGAAUUCUAAUCUAUGCUUGAGACUUUGAAGGUUAGGGUGAGAGUCUACAACUCUUUAUAUUACCUACACCUUAGAUUCAUUCAUUUCAUUCUUUGAUUUUGUUACUGUAUUGUAUAUUUCAAUCAUUGUAUAAAUGCAUCAGCACUAGGAAUUUCACAAAUAGGCUCUUAAACAAGAGCAUAUCUAGAUAUAGUUGAGCAUAUCUUUACAUAAUCGUUGUAUCAUUGUAUAAGUAUUAGCAUAAAGUUUAUCUAGAUAUGCUCUUCUGCUAGCAGUUUUUUCUAUCUCAGAGAAAGCUGACGAUGUAAAGAUAUUUAAUCAAUGCACGCUUUUUUGAAGUUGCUACUUUUUGGUGUA